UCUCUGUUUUGGGGACAUGAGGAGAGUUACCUCGGAUAUUAACUCUAAUUCUACUACUACUAAACAAUACUUUCACCAUCUUGGAAAAAGUUGAAAAAAGCUUCUGGGAUCAGAGCAUUUUUCCUCUGUUGCAGUUCCACUCAGGUUGUGUAGAAGCCAGAAAAAAAGGAGUUGUCAUCAUGGUGCUAAUGAUACUACCAUUAUUUGGAUCGGUGUCGGUGUCUGAGAGUUUGGUUGCCAUGACAACAGUUUGUCUGGUCUACCUGAUCCUCAAGUUUUUCCGCACUGAGAUUCCUGAGGGGCUUCGUCAGCUGCCUGGACCAAAGCCCCUGCCAAUCAUUGGGAAUGUGCUAGAGGUUGGGAGCAAGCCUUACCUGAGCCUCACCGCCAUGAGCAAGCGAUACGGCGACGUCUUCCAGAUCCAGAUCGGUAUGCGUCCCGUGAUUGUGUUGAGCGGCCAUGAAACACUUCGACAGGCUCUCAUCAAGCAAGGGGAAGAGUUUGCGGGCAGACCUGAUCUAUACAGCUUCAAGUUCAUCAAUGACGGCAAGAGUUUGGCCUUCAGUACCGACCAGGCCGGCGUCUGGCGUGCCCGUAGGAAGCUGGCCUACAGUGCCCUGCGAUCCUUCUCCACCCUGGAGGGCACGACCCCAGAGUACUCCUGCAUGCUGGAGGAACACAUCUGCAAAGAGGGAGAGUAUCUGAUCAAACAGCUCAACACAGUCAUGAAGGCCGAUGGCAGCUUUGACCCCUUCCGCCACAUUGUUGUCUCCGUGGCCAAUGUGAUCUGCGGGAUGUGCUUUGGCCGACGCUACAACCACAAUGACCAGGAGCUGGUGAGCUUGGUGAACCUCAGCGACGAAUUUGGCCAGGUGGUGGGGAGCGGGAACCCUGCAGAUUUCAUCCCUGCUCUUCGAUUCCUGCCCAGUGGAUCAAUGAAGAAGUUUCUGAACAUCAACGACCGCUUCAACGCCUUUGUACAAAAGAUCGUCAGCGAGCACUACACCACCUACGACAAGGACAACAUUCGUGACAUCACCGACUCCCUCAUUGAUCACUGUGAGGACAGGAAGCUGGACGAGAACAGCAAUGUCCAGAUGUCUGAUGAGAAGAUUGUUGGAAUUGUCAAUGACCUGUUUGGAGCUGGUUUUGACACCAUCUCCACUGCUCUUUCGUGGUCAGUGAUGUACUUGGUUGCUUACCCAGAGAUACAGGAGAGGCUUUAUCAAGAACUGACGGACAAAGUGGGUCUGGAUCGCACUCCUCUCCUCUCUGAUAGAACAAACCUACCCUUUCUGGAGGCCUUCAUCUUGGAGAUCUUCCGUCACUCUUCAUUCCUGCCAUUCACUAUCCCUCACUGCACAUCAAAAAACACAUCGCUAAAUGGUUACUUCAUUCCCAAAGACACCUGUGUCUUCGUCAAUCAGUGGCAGGUCAACCAUGAUCCUGAGCUGUGGAAAGAUCCGAAUUCUUUCAACCCAGAUCGCUUCCUGAGCGCUGAUGGAUCAGAGGUCAACAAGCUAGAGGGAGAGAAGGUGAUGGUUUUUGGCAUGGGAAAGCGACGCUGCAUCGGCGAGGUCAUUGCACGAAAUGAAGUCUACCUCUUCUUGGCAAUCAUUGUCCAGAAGCUGAACUUCCACGCGGUGCCUGGAGAGCCGCUGGACAUGACCCCAGAAUACGGUCUUACAAUGAAGCACAAACGCUGUCAACUGAGAGCCACAAUGCGAGCGAGAGAUGAGCAGUAAAACUAUUUAUAAUGUACAAUGUCUGACACAAUAGUUGGUAUAAGUUGACUCUGACACUGUAUGGGUGUCAGUGAAAGAAGCAUCUUUCUCAGAAUGUAAGCGGCACUGGAUGCCGGAUUUGAUCUACAGAGCUAAAGGCAAUGAAGCAAAUAAGUGAGUUGAGCUUUUUUCAGAUUGUCAGAGAUAUCUGUGUGUGCGCGAACAUACUUCUAUCAUGUUUUUGGUUGUCUAAGAGAUAUUCCUGCACAUGGUUGGCGCUUCUCAUUGAAGUAUAAGGGGAUACCUGGUUCUCCUGUGUUGUGUAGUAAACUUAACUGCUCCCAAGAAGUUGUAACAUACAGACUUUGUUCAACUGUGGGAUACACAGUAUAAUUUACAGGAUAGGCAUUACUUUUUAGGCCACUGCAACCUAAAUUGUUUUCUUCUGUGACACAGGACUCUGAACUGAACAGAUAUUAUGUUAUGAUAUUAUUUACACUUGUUUGUAAGCUAAUUAUUUCUGAUUCUGUUAUAAUGUGGAUGUAAGACACUGAAGCUAUAUUUGUAUCCCAAAAUGUGAUGUUGUGUGUAUAUCAAGUGCUUUGUAUUUUUUUAAAGCAAUUUUUUAUGUGCCUAGCGUUUGUAUAUGUUUGAGGUGAAAUUGUUUUUCUUUGCAUUUAUAUGAAAUAUCAGGACACCAAAAGUAAUUUUUUGGUGAAUACAAUAUAAAAUUUUGUAUUUUUUCCUAAUGUAUCAGUGCUUGAAUAACAUGAAAGGGCAUGUGAUCAGAGCAUCCUUAAUCAGCCACACAAAUAAAAUAUGUUGGAAUGAU